GGUGGGAGUGUGUGCUGAUAGUGGUAUGCGUAUAGGUACGGAGCUAUAUCCUGCAAACAGCGGAGAGGGAGGGGAUCGAGUUAUAGUUUAUUCAAUAUGUUGGAUAGGAGGAACGAAUGGAUGGAAGAUAUAAAAAGGAUUAAUACCCGGAGUCUAUCUUUGAUACUCUCAGGCUCAUCGAAUGACUGUUUCAAUAUUAUUUUUGUCUUAGUAAUUAACGGAUUCAUGACAUCUUUUUCAAGGCAUGUCUCACAUCACAUCGUCUAAAUCGGAGUCUAGCCCGAACGAAUAAAUCUAUUUACA